UGAUAGUCUAAUGAAAAAAAAUCAUUAUUAAGAUGGCAGCUUUAACUGAUAAAUACAGGCAGUUUAUUGUGGAUACAUUACGUGCAAAUGGAGCUUUGCCAGUCAGUGAAUUACUUAAGUGCUUCACAGAAGGCUCAAAGAACACUCCUACAAACUGCCCCAAAUUUUUGAAGACGGUCUCAGAAGGUGAACUUUACCAGUUCUUGUUAAAACGUCCAGAUGAAUUCUGUUUUAAAAAAGGAUAUGUAUGUCUUACUAAGCUGGAAGAGAGUAUCAAACAGUUCUUGCUUGGAAGUAUCGGUGAAGAAGGAAUGUUGUUCCACAAAUUUGAAAAUUUGUAUUCGGAUAAAGCUAAUAAUUACAUUAAAGCAAUCGGGUGGCAGCAAGGAGCAGUGAACUUUUUGUUUCGCAACCAGGAUUGCUUUUUUCGCGUCGGGGAAAAAGUUUACAAAGCCGAUAGUGAGGAAGCUGGUAGUAUUAAAAACUUAAAGGAAGAUGAGGUGGCAGCUGCUUUGUUCUUCGGCGAAAUUUUGCAAGAAAAGGGAAAUUUGAGUGUGUUGAAAUUGGCAGGUCAUCUUAACCAAGCAAGGUUGGAGAUAAGAAACAUAGUGGGGUCAACAAAGCCAGAAAUUUUCAAGAAAUUCAUUCUGAAAAAUAAAUGGCUUCUUAAAUUGAAUGAUGAUAUAGUGAGUGUAAAAUCUACAAAUUUUGUGAAGUCUCUGCAAAGUAGUAUCAAAGCUUCUUCUAACGAGGCUGUAGAAUAUAUUAAGUCAAAAUUUAAAACUAACGAAAAGAAGACUUUUAUUAAGUUGGCUGGGUCGUUGAGUCAAGCAUCACCUGAUGUUAUUUCUAUCAUUGGUGGGAAGAGUCCAGCUUCAACAAAGCAGUUUCUCACAUCCUACCCCACUGUCUUCAAUAUUGAUGGAGAAACGGUUAGUUUGGUCAGUCAACCUCUUGAUUAUUCUACUGAAUUUCACUCACUGACAAAAAUCAAAGCCGCAGAGUAUGAGAAGAUGGAGCAACCAAGCUUGGACAGCUCGGAAGAGGAUAAUGAUGACGAGGAUUUGGAUUUUGAUAAAAUAGAGAAGAAUGCAGUUGAAUUCUUCUCUAAACGUCUACAAUUAAAGCGGAAACAAUCAAUAACUCAACUUGCUGGUCACAUUGGACAAGCAUCAAAAACUGUGCAAGCUGUUGUUGGAAAAAGCCCUUCAAAGAUUGAGGGGUUUCUUAAGAGUCACAGUAAUGUGUUUGAAACAACUGACGUUAAUGCUAUUUGUUUGAAAGAAAAGUUAACUAGUGAUGGUAUUAGUUUCACUGGUAACAGUUCAGUUACACCAGCUAUUCCAAACAUUGAUACAAGUUGGGAUACACCCAUUUUAGCACUUGGUAACACUGAAGAUCAAGAUGACUUUGACAAAAUUCUGGCCAUACUCGGUUUAGAGAAGAACUGCUUUAAGAAAGCAAUUAGGAACAAUAAUGAAAAAGUUGAUGUUAUUUGUUUGGUUGUUGGUUCCAAACCAAGCAUCAGAUUGGAUGAUGGUAUGAAUAGUUUUCGCAAACUGGACCAGCUAAAAAAUGUCACUGAAAGUUAUUUGCUGCAGAUAAUAAAUCACCCAAGUGUGUUUGACAUUUCAGAGAAAGUUCGUGGAAUUAGGAACAGUCUUCAUACAUUAAGGUUAUCCUGGGAGGGUGAAAAUAUUUCUGGCAUGACUAUUUUUAACCAAGUUCACAAUCCCCUUGAUGAUGGCUGGGAUAAUGUCAAUAUGGAUUUUGACGGCAUAGCCGCUGUUAUAUUUGAACCUGAACAGAUGCAGGCAGCUUUUAGUUACCUUCGGAACCGUGCAAGAAAACUUGCAGAGACAAGCCAAGUUAUUGUCAUUGAUUAUAAUGGCAAAAUCACUGGAUUUGACUCACCCACACAUAUAGGCAAUGCCCGCCGUAUAAUUUGCACUGAAGAGCAACAACUGCGAUCCACAAUAUUUGAGGCAGCUUCUCACUACCCUGAUCAUGUUAUCACUAAUUGCUGCAUUACCAAUGAGUAUUUCAAAUUACUAAAAGAACUAAGAUACCAAGGUAUCAAAGUGACAGCAAUGAUGGCCGCUUUACAUGUUUCAGACCUGGAAGAAAAAUCUGCUUUUUACUGAAUGCUGACAUUAUGCUCUUGACUUGUGGUGCAGUUAAUUUUAUUUUCAUGGUAUAUGCCACAGAUAUUCUUCAAAAGACUGUAAUUUUAAUGUAGCUGCUUUUAAAUCAUCGCUAUUAUGUGCACUGUUUUAUUUUAAUUUUAUUAAAUGAAUGUUCCACGUCUUUUGUAUGUAAGCAAUCUUUAUACUACAGGUGUCUUGUUUCAUACACCUCGUGUCCGCUUAAAAGAUACCAUGUAAGUGACCUUAUGGUUAAAUAUUAUGGGAUUUUUACACUUUCUAAAAUGAAUGGCUGACAGUUUAGACAACCUAUAAAGCGCCUCUGGGUUGUAGCACAAUUGCUGUUAAGUGUUUUGCCCAAGUACAUACAUGGCCACGAAACCGUUAGCGUUAGAGGCUGGCGCGCUGACCAUUUUGCCACAGCGCGGAUGUGUUCAACUUCGUAAAUGGUAUGUUUUUUUGACAAAAGGUGUACUAAUUGCUUGCAGCUUUUAAAUAUUUUAUUUUUUAAAAAGAUUAUGAGAUACGUUAUUGGAUGAUGGGAAGCAUUUUGAUUCAAUACAUUUCUACCUAUUUUUUUA